GAUGCGACGUUGUAAACACGCGACGCCUGCGUGCUCGUCAGUCACGUGAGGCGGGGUGUGCAGGAACACAACAGUGUGAAUUCAUCUGCACUGCCUAAAAAUGACCACCGCUCUGACCCAAGGUUUAGAGAGAAUACCCGAUCAGACCGGCUAUUUGGUUAUCAGUGAGGAAGGAGUACUGGCGUCCGCAGGAGAGCUGGAGAAUGACGAGCACACAGCAGGAGUGAUCAUGCAGAUGGUCAGAACAGCUUGCCGUUUCAGAUUGCAUGGGACAGCUGAGCCCCCUUUUAAACGCAUGUCAGUGAUGUUUGAAGAUUACGUUUAUGCUGUGACCAUCUCCGGACAGAGAAUUUUUGUAGUCAAAAGGCAGAACAACCAGCGGGAACCUGUUAUUGUGUAGUAAAGAGGACAAUAUGGACUGAUCUUACUUAUUAUUACAAGUUCAAAAUGGUGCCCUCACAUUGAAAUGACCCGGCCAUUACCACCAUCUGAUGUUUAGCACAAUCACACUCAAUUUCUUUUGUAAAAGAUUUAAUUACACAAAUUUGAGGGUGGUGUCCGGUAUAAUUGUCCUGAGCCAGAGUAACUGAAUGGGUUUUUCUUGUACAAUUACAAUGUUACAGACUGGUUAAGGGGUUCAUCUGAUGUCUUUUCAUGCAGGAGUAAAUUCUGUCAAUAUUUUAGCUCCCAUUUAUGCUUGAGUGGUCACAUUUACGAUAUUACUGGAUGUAUACUAUAUGCGUAAAUACAUUUAACCAGUACAAUCCAUUAACCUAUGGUUUCCUCAUACAAAUACAGGACCCUUACGGACCUGCUUAUCGCAUCAUAUUUUUAUGCAGGAAUCAUAAUAGACUGGAAUCAUGUAUACAAACAUGCAUUAGCCACGGAAGCAGUUUGUCUUUGACAGUUUUACACUGGGUGUUAUAAUUUCAUUAGAAGUUUCAGAUUCCAGUGUGAGACUUUGUAGUGGGGUGAAUGUAUUUUCCCUUGGAUCUGUGAUAGCUUAUGUGCACUGAAUCCUUUUUACGGUCUAUUUACAAAUGUGUUCAAUUAACAUGCUUGAAAUCACAUCUUUGAAUUAUUGCAUUAACUGUAAUAUAUUAAAUAAAGUACUAUGCAUAUUU